GCUGUCAGCGCUGAGCACAGCACCCAGGGAGAGGGACAGACAGCCGACUACAUGGGACAGCGGAACCCAGAGUGAGAGGCGAGGUGGCAGGACAGACAGACAGCAGGGGCAGACGCAGAGACAGAGAGCGGGGACAGGGAGGCCGACACGGACAUCGACAACCCAUAGAUUCCUAACCCAGGGAGCCCCGGCCCCUCUCGCCGCUUCCCAUCCCAGACGGAGCGGGGACAGGCUGCCGAGCAUCCUCCCACCCGCCCGCCCCGUCCUGCCUCCUCGGCCCCUGCCAGCUUCCCCCGCUUGAGCACGCAGGGCGUCCGAGGACGCGCUGGGCCUCCGCACCCGCCCUCAUGGAGGCCGUGGAGACCGCGGAACGGCCCACCUUCGGAGCCUGGGACUACGGGGUCUUUGCCCUCAUGCUCCUGGUGUCCACUGGCAUCGGGUUGUGGGUCGGGCUGGCUCGGGGCGGGCAGCGCAGCGCUGAGGACUUCUUCACCGGGGGCCGGCGCCUGGCGGCCCUGCCGGUGGGCCUGUCGCUGUCUGCCAGCUUCAUGUCGGCCGUGCAGGUGCUGGGCGUGCCGUCGGAGGCCUAUCGCUAUGGCCUCAAGUUCCUCUGGAUGUGCCUGGGCCAGCUUCUGAACUCGGUCCUCACCGCCCUGCUCUUCAUGCCCGUCUUCUACCGCCUGGGCCUCACCAGCACCUACGAGUACCUGGAGAUGCGCUUCAGCCGCGCAGUGCGGCUCUGCGGGACUUUGCAGUACAUUGUAGCCACGAUGCUGUACACCGGCAUCGUAAUCUACGCACCGGCCCUCAUCCUGAACCAAGUGACCGGGCUGGACAUCUGGGCGUCGCUCCUGUCCACCGGAAUUAUCUGCACCUUCUACACGGCUGUGGGUGGCAUGAAGGCUGUGGUCUGGACUGAUGUGUUCCAGGUCGUGGUGAUGCUAAGUGGCUUCUGGGUUGUCCUGGCACGCAGUGUCAUGCUUGUGGGCGGGCCCCGCCAGGUGCUCACGCUGGCCCAGAACCACUCCCGGAUCAACCUGAUGGACUUUAACCCUGACCCGAGGAGCCGCUAUACAUUCUGGACUUUUGUGGUGGGUGGCACACUGGUGUGGCUCUCCAUGUAUGGCGUGAACCAGGCGCAGGUGCAGCGCUACGUGGCUUGCCGCACAGAGAAGCAGGCCAAGCUGGCCCUGCUCAUCAACCAGGUGGGCCUGUUCCUGAUCGUGUCCAGCGCUGCCUGCUGUGGCAUCGUCAUGUUUGUGUUCUACACUGACUGCGACCCUCUCCUCCUGGGGCGCAUCUCUGCCCCAGACCAGUACAUGCCUCUGCUGGUGCUGGACAUCUUCGAAGAUCUGCCUGGAGUCCCCGGUCUUUUCCUGGCCUGUGCUUACAGUGGCACCCUCAGCACAGCAUCCACCAGCAUCAAUGCCAUGGCUGCAGUCACUGUAGAAGACCUCAUCAAACCUCGGCUGCAGAGCCUGGCACCCAGGAAACUCGUGAUUAUCUCCAAGGGGCUCUCACUCAUCUACGGAUCGGCCUGUCUCACUGUGGCAGCUCUGUCCUCACUGCUCGGAGGAGGUGUCCUCCAGGGCUCCUUCACCGUCAUGGGAGUCAUCAGCGGCCCCCUGCUGGGAGCCUUCAUCUUGGGAAUGUUCCUGCCGGCCUGCAACACCCCGGGCGUCCUUUCGGGACUGGGCGCGGGCUUGGCGCUGUCGCUGUGGGUGGCCUUGGGCGCCACGCUGUACCCACCCAGCGAGCAGACCAUGAGGGUCCUGCCGUCGUCAGCUGCCGGCUGCGUGGCUCUCUCAGUCAACGCCUCUGGCCUCCUGGACCCGGCUCUCCUCCCUGCUAACGACUCCAGCAGGGCCCCCAGCUCAGGAAUGGACGCCAGCCGACCCGCCUUAGCUGACAGCUUCUAUGCCAUCUCCUAUCUCUAUUACGGUGCCCUGGGCACGCUGACCACUGUGCUGUGCGGAGCCCUCAUCAGCUGCCUGACAGGCCCCACCAAGCGCAGCACCCUGGCCCCGGGAUUGUUGUGGUGGGACCUUGCACGGCAGACAGCAUCAGUGGCCCCCAAGGAAGAAGUGGCCAUCCUGGAUGACAACUUGGUCAAGGGUCCUGAAGAACUCCCCGCUGGAAGCAAGAAGCCCCCUGGCUUCCUGCCCACCAAUGAGGACCGUCUGUUUUUCUUGGGGCAGAAGGAGCUGGAGGGGGCUGGCUCCUGGACCCCCUGUGGUGGACAUGAUGGUGGUCGAGACCAGCGGGAGACAAACCUCUGAGGACAGGGCCAGCUGCGGGACUGACACCCUGGGAUGGAACCUCAAAAUGGGCCAAACCCAGGCAACGGGCCCAUGGCCUUGGGCUCCGAUUGGCUGGAUUGCCUUGUAUGCAAAUGAGUUCAGGACUACAAGACCCUACCCUAUGGGGAGGCCCUGCCUCCGGGAGGUCAUUUUUUAAAUCCAGCCCCUUGCUUCAACUGUCCCUAGUAUUAGAUACUGCAGCUCCAACGGCUC